GCUCUACCGGAUUUAAUAACCAGCACGAAUCCGGGUGAUGCAUAUAUAUCAUCGUUCUCCUCCUUGCUUGUGCACUUGGUGCACUGCCGGUGGUCGGAGAAGACAGAGACGAAGGAAACAGAGAGGAGAGAUAUGGAUCCCUACAAGCACCGUCCUUCGAGUGCCUUCAACUCGUCAUACUUCACUACCAACUCUGGUGCGCCAGUUUGGAACAACAACUCGUCCCUGACCAUCGGACCGAGAGGACCAAUUCUCCUUGAGGAUUAUCACUUGGUUGAGAAACUUGCGAAUUUUGAUAGAGAGAGAAUACCAGAGCGUGUUGUUCACGCUAGGGGUGCUAGUGCAAAAGGCUUCUUUGAGGUCACACAUGAUAUCUCUCACCUCACAUGUGCUGAUUUCCUGCGGGCACCAGGAGUUCAAACUCCUGUCAUAGUGAGGUUCUCAACUGUUAUCCAUGAACGUGGCAGCCCUGAGACUCUCAGAGACCCUCGUGGUUUUGCUGUGAAAUUUUACACUAGGGAGGGUAAUUUUGAUAUGGUUGGGAAUAACUUCCCAGUUUUCUUCAUUCGUGAUGGAAUCAAAUUCCCUGACAUGGUCCAUUCUUUGAAACCCAAUCCGAAAUCCCAUAUCCAAGAAAAUUGGCGGAUACUUGAUUUCUUUUCGCACCACCCUGAGAGCUUGCAUAUGUUCACUUUUCUGUUUGAUGAUGUUGGUAUCCCAGCAGAUUAUCGUCAUAUGGAUGGAUCUGGUGUCAAUACUUACACUUUGAUUAACAAGGCAGGAAGGGAACAAUAUGUGAAAUUCCACUGGAGACCUACAUGUGGAGUGAAGUGCCUGUUGGAUGAGGAGGCUGUGGUGGUUGGUGGUACCAAUCACAGUCAUGCUACUAAGGAUCUUUAUGAUGCCAUUGCAGCUGGAAAUUACCCAGAAUGGAAGCUUUUCAUCCAGACUAUCCCACCUGAGGAUGUAGACAAAUUUGAUUUUGAUCCAUUGGAUGUUACCAAGACAUGGCCUGAGGACAUCUUACCUCUUCAGCCAGUUGGGCGUUUAGUGUUGAACAGGAACAUUGAUAAUUUCUUUACUGAGAAUGAGCAACUUGCCUUUUGCCCUGGGAUUGUGGUGCCAGGAGUGCAUUAUUCGGAAGACAAAUUGCUCCAAACUAGAAUUUUCUCAUAUUCAGAUACUCAGAGGCAUCGUCUUGGACCCAAUUAUCUGAUGCUUCCAGCAAAUGCACCAAAAUGCUCACACCACAACAAUCAUUAUGAUGGAUUUAUGAAUUUCAUGCACAGGGAUGAAGAGGUGGAUUACUUCCCAUCAAGGUUUGACCCAGUGCGCCAUGCUGAGAGAUAUCCUAUUCCAUCCUACAGUCACACUGGAAAACGUGAAAAGUGCGUGAUUGAGAAGGAGAACAAUUUCAAGCAGCCAGGGGAGAGAUACCGGUCAUUUGCACCAGAUAGGCAAGAGAGAUUUAUCUGUAGGUGGGUUGAUGCCUUGUCUGACCCACGGGUGACUCAUGAAAUCCGCAGCAUUUGGUUGUCCUAUUGGUCUCAGUGUGACAAGUCCCUGGGUCAGAAGCUGGCAACUCGCCUUAACAUCAAGCCAAACAUGUGAUUUCAUUGAAAGAAAAGGUUUUACAAUUAUAGGGUUCAAACGAGAAGGAUGUGUUGCUGAAGAAAGCCUGAUGAUAAUAUAUGUUUGAGUGGACUUUGAUGAUACAUAUGUUUAAUUGGUCCUCUGGUACGAGUCAUCAGUAUUUGUCGUCUGAGAAACUCUGGUAUACAAUUAUAUUUGUAAUAAACUGCUACCAUUUCUCUA